CCACACACACAACAACACGACAACGAAUUAAGCAGCAGGAUGACUCGGUGGCUUCUCGGCCCUGAGGAGAAGAGGAGAAAGCGGCUCGGCGGCGGCGGCUGGCGGUCUCUAUGACCCCCAUCAUCCGCCCUCCCCCCAAAAGGCCGCACGACCUGCUCCCUGCCUCCGCUUGGGUCGUGGCCGCUGCUCGUAGAAGAGACGAGGACGACGACGACGACGCGCGACCUCCCCCCGCCGCCGCCUUUUCUAGAGUGGGGGCGUGUGGGAAGGAGGACUGCGCCCCCCCCUCCACGCCUCAGCACCACCACAGUUCUAACUGUUUCUUCUGUGGCGUCUGUGUGGAAAGUGCCACACACACUCCAGAACAACAACGGCUUUUGCGUGUAUUUUCCAGUGUUUCUUUUGUCAGCAAGUUCAGCAAAGUUGUAAUUCUUCAAGUGCCAGCCCUGAUCAGAGUGAGGAACCAGCAACAGAGAUGGUAAAAAUGACAAAAUCCAAAACGUUCCAGGCUUACCUGCCAAAUUGUCACCGAACCUACAGCUGUAUCCACUGCAGAGCCCAUCUGGCCAAUCAUGACGAACUAAUUUCCAAGUCUUUUCAGGGAAGCCAGGGACGAGCCUACCUCUUUAAUUCAGUGGUAAAUGUGGGCUGUGGCCCUGCCGAAGAGAGAGUACUUCUGACAGGCUUGCACGCAGUAGCAGAUAUUUAUUGCGAAAACUGCAAAACCACUCUUGGAUGGAAAUAUGAACAUGCAUUUGAAAGCAGUCAGAAAUACAAAGAAGGAAAAUUCAUCAUUGAACUUGCCCACAUGAUCAAAGACAAUGGAUGGGAGUAAAUUGGAACCCUACUCUUUCUUUCUGGACAAUUAAUCUGUGGAACAUGCUUUAUAAAAGACUAAUGCAAAAAGGAUUAUGGUUGGGCUUGGUUGAGAAAAUCACUGCAUUUUUGAAACCUCCAAACUAAGUAGUGUAAUUUUGUGACUUUUCCCCUCUGAGGCCAUCGUUUGCCUUUUUCUCGUUGUGUAAGUUCUCCUCUUUUUGUAUGUGUAUUCCUGUGUGAACAGUUGUUUUGAAUGAACUUUUUUCUUAAAACUCUAGAGGACUAAUUCCCUAGUUGCAAAUUACUUUUACUAGCUAGCCUCUCUCUUUUGACCUAUGCCUUUAAAUGCUCCCUCCCGCUGUGCAUGCUUUUUGCCUGUCACCUGCCCUCUGCGUGAACAGUCCUGGAGAGAAUGUAUGGAAUUAGUGUGUCUUCUUUUAUUUCUUCCUGUGCAUCGCAAUUUCUGUGGUCUCUUUGCAGUGAAAAGGACUCAGUAUUGUAGUAAUCAUUAUUACUUCUAAAACAAUUUUUGUGUGUGUGUACUACAACCUGUGUACAUCUUUUGGCCAGGUUGGCUACACGUUCAGUCAGUUGUACUGACUGAAGUUAGGAAACUUUCACUUUUAUAUAUAUAUAUAUAUAAAAAAAAAACAGAGAGCGAGAGAAAGGGGGAGGGGGGGAUUAACAAUUUACAAGUUUAACUAAGACAGUAAUACUGUGGAAUAGAUGGCUUAAAUCAAUACAUUCCUAAGAAAGUUUAGACUUUGCUCUUUUAAGGAAGAAUGUCUAGCAAAGUCUUCAAGGUCAAAAGAUGCAAAAUAUGCAGCUCUUAUUUUUAAUAUGUCAGUGUGAAAUGGUUUUGGUACUGUACCUUUAACAAGGGUGUGUACAUCCAUCGAGGUUUUAUGGCUGGUUCCAUGUAGCUUUGUAGUUUUAAUGCACUGGACGAAGAGGUUGAUAUCAGUGAAGUGGUCUGCUGUUGCAGUACUUAAAACACACAGAAUUAUUUUUUGUGUUUAAAAAGUGGCCAGAGCCUAUAGCUGUUACUACCCUACCUGUGGGAGGUUGAUAAGCAGUUAAGAAAGUGGCAAAUGGACUUAAUUUCUUCAUUAAAGAGAGAGAGAAAAGUAGCAAGAUAGUUUUUUAAAGGGGAGUUUGAUUUGCUGGCUGAAUCAUCCCAAAGCACAUUUUUGUAAUAAACAGUUAUGUGAAAGAAACAUCAACUUGUAAUUUUUCCCAGCUGCUGCUUUUAAGUGGGGUGACUCAGUCAGACACUUCCACGAUGUGUAUAUGUGUAUAAAGUUCCUUUGUGGGAACAUUUAUAUGCAUACUAUUUCAAGAGAUUUGAAUACUUUUUACGUCAUGUUUUUUGCAUUAAUCUUUGUUCUAAAAUUUACCAGAGGAAAAUGUAUGGGAGAACGUUUUACACUAACUACAUAACUGCUGUUAGCAUGAAUAACAUGGAAAGCCUUACAGUGGAAAACUCUGUUCCUUUCUAAUACAACUUUUACAUGUCAUAACAAAGUUUUGCAUUGUCUCCUUGCUGGCUGCUGCUAACAUCCUCUAAUAGGCUUUCAAAUCUCUACUGCACUUUACCUAUAUAUUUCAUGUAAAAGUAGGAGCAAUCUUCCUCUGAAGAUUAAUCCCCCACUUCUGGUUGAGGAAUUCUUUCCCAAACAAACCAUCUAGGAUGUAGUAUGGUUACACUGUGAUGCAAAAAGGAUAUUGAAUAUAUCUAUUUAAAUGUGUGUAUGUAGUUACCUCUUAGGCAUUCAAAUCCAAAGAGCUGUCCUUGUGACAGCUAAAUUCAGAUGUUCUGUUAUUGAAUGAUCUUUAUUCUGGUGCUCUAUUUAAUAUGAAUGAGUUUUUACAUCCAUGAAUCUUCAGUCCAGUACUUGAUUUAAUGUAAAAUGGGACCUGCGUUCAUCUUGACUCAUCCAGACGACAGCCGUUUCAGCCCCCCCUGGUUUUACAACGAGAAGCUAAAGUUCCUUGAAGAGGAGAUACUUACUUGCUAGUUGAGUAGGCUUGGUUGUCUGGUAACUUGUUGAGUGCUGCCAUCUUUUGUGGGCCUUCCAGUCCCCUCCGACUAGAAGCGAUCAGCAUGGGAACUGGUACAGGCAGGCACCGUGUGUCCUGCGGGUUUGUGACACAUGCAAAUGUCAGUCUGGUGUUCCCCGACUAAAUAUUUUAAAUUCCUUAAAUUUGGACCUCUCUUUUCCUUCUCCCUCCCUCCAUUGUUUUAUGGCUGUCAUAAUAAAGAACUUGAACUAGCUUCCCUCUGGCACAGGAUCCACUGCCAGCAAUGAACGUACUGAAACUGUAAGCCGUUGGGCACCGUCGUUGGCCCACAAUGCUAUAAUCCGUACCAGCUCUGAAAAUGUUGUUAGAACCAUAUCUCCUUCAAUAGUAUGGCUGUUCACACGUUGCGUUUCUCUCAUCUAGCACAGAUCAGAGGACAGAUGUCAGGUUUUGGGUGGCGAGAGUUUGAGAGACAGAAAAACACUGAGGGGGGGAAACCGUUUUGAGAGUAGCACAACCUCUUUUUUUAUCAGUGCAUUAUUUGUAUUCCAGAUCUAAAUCAUUUAGGGCUUAGCCACGUGUUACACGCAAACAUGUGUAAUAACCUUUUUUUAAGGCUGAAAAUCCACUUUGGGUGAUGCUAAGAGAAAAGAAAUGGCAGAGAGGAAGGUGUGUUUGUGUUUUUAGUCCUUCCCCAACUAAAUAUCAUCUCCACAAGCAGCUUUCCUCUGGCAGGUUUCAAAAGUAUGGGCGCAUUCGGGGGAGACUUUGCUUCCCGAGUUGGGUGGGUUUGGAAUGGAAACAACCUUGAACAUCCCCUUCUCUCUGCUGCUUUUUGAGUCUUAUUCUCCCCCCAAAAAAGAUUUUUUCACCUUAUGUGUAACAUUUGCAUGUAAUGUAGGCUGAUUCUCUGAGCACGUGGGUGUCUUCACCAAAACUUUUUGUUUAACCUGGAUGCCAAAAAACUGAGAUAAAAAAGUUGGCAUCUGGAGUAUCAAAUUGCGGGUAAAAAAAAAAUCUAAUGCAAAUCAUUUGUGGUGAUAAAGCAUUUAAGAAUACCAAAUAGAGCAUUAUUUUUUAUGGAUUUUGAAAGGGGGAUUUAGAGGGUAUUAGAGAAUUUUGAAUCUAAAACUGAUACUAUGUGUAUGAAGUAGCAUCCCAUAUGAGAUAUCUGGGAGCAAGUGGACUCUUUUGCUUGGCAUUGUAGAAGGUUCUUUAAAACUGGGUGCUUCGAUUUGACAGAUUUGGUGAAAGUAGAAUCUGGCUACUGUUGGAUGUUGGUUAUGUAUAAAAAGAUCAGUCUGGUUACUGAACUUUCCAGCAUUACAUAAAAGCAUAAUACUUGAAGAACAUUUUACAAAGCAUUUUCCCUCUAACCAUUUUUUUUUUGUAAUGUAUUCUAUUUAAGGUUUUGUGUGUUCUUUCUGGGUAAGUUUACGCUUUCCCUUCAACUUGAGCACUUUUGUUACUUGUUAUUUUUAUUACUGUUGGUCUUAACAUUUAUUUUAUAUAUAUCUAUUUUUUAUACCUUGUAACAAUUUUUGUGAACAUCUGUGUGUUUCCUACGAGUUCUCUCCACCCCUCCACCCCAACCUCCUUUUUGGACUAGGUGAACUGACUUGCAAGCUGGUUCUUGGGAAGAAUGUUCAUUGGCGCAUAAAGGAAUGUGCUAGCAAAAUGUACAUGUAUUGAAGUGUGUGGGGUUUUCCCCCCCUUUGAACUCAAUAGCCACGGUUAUCCUAAAAUAACUCAACAAUAUAACACGACUGAGGGCCAGUUCAGACAUUCUAAACAUGUGGCGCAUCUCCAUGGACGUAGAUAUGCGGAGGAAGGAAUAUGUUAUCCGGCACAACUGUGUUGACAGGGACUCAGCAAGUGAAAUCCUGGAAGCGACACCCAUCACAUGGUCAUGCUGGGUCAGAUGUUACUUCCACAAGGGUGCAGAUGCCUCCAUAAGGAUGCUCCACAUGAAGGUUUUUUGUGCAUCUGAACUAGCCCAGACUGCCACCCAAUUUUCAUUUUCUAGCUCCUUUAGCCUGAGCAUUAAUGAGAACUGAUUUCAUGCGGCAGUUACGUCUUUGAGACUAGCAGCUGUGGAUGCCUUUUAACCAUUGUGGUGGGGAGAUGCCGCACUUCCAGGAACUUAAGUGGCAACAUUCACUGUGUGUUUGCAUUUUUGGCUUGACCAGUGUUGGAUGGAUGGAUUUGAUUUGCCACUGCCACAAAUCUAUUAUGUAACAACCCAGAGCAAUACAUUAGCCCCCGGCCUAUUAUAGAAGGGGGCUAAAGAACACUCUUUUGAUCUUACCCAACUUUCUCUAUACUAUAUUUCAAAUUUUAAGAUGCGGCAAGUCAAAAAUACCAGUGUCUCUCUAAAUUGCUUUAUUAUUUGUAUGGACGUUAUGUCAUAGAGCUGUGACAAAUACUGCUAUUAAAAUCCCACUUGGUAUCAGAUGAAAUCAGACCUCGUAGCAACAGUAGUUUUUAUUUUGCGGGAAAAGGACAACCCACGUUGGCCAUUAGUAUGAAUGUCAGCAGAAUUAAUUGGGGUGCGCCGUUUCUAAAUAAUCUGAAAUGUGAAAUUUACAAAAUCUGGCCUUUUUUCUAUUUUAAAUAAGAUAAUCUACAAUGAUAACAUUUUUAUGUUGGCAUACCCUGAUAGCCACAUUUUAAUAUCCAAAUUGUAUAACGGGGUAAGAAUGGAAGCAAGCAGUCAAGCUAAUGAUGUAAUCGCACCACAUGCUGUACCCUUAAUGUAAAAACAACUAGUAGUAUAUGUUGUAAAGAACAGGGAUUUCAGAGAAGCAAGGCAGGGUCAAACACAUGAGUCUUUGGUGGCAAUUGACUUGUGCCUCAUUGCUGAAACAUUUUUUUAAAAUGCUUUCUUUUGUGGCUGACGUGGCUUCUUUCUGGUUUUGUCUUAGCAAUACUGUACACAAUUUGUCGUUUCACUUUAUUGUAUCUGUUUGAGGUAUCACAAUAAAAGCUUUCAGUUGUUUUGUGGAAUUAA